AUGUCGAGGGGUUUGUACGCCAGGACCAUAACUGAACUGAAGACGGAUAACGACAAACCGAAAUCAUUCGUCCCGCUGUAUCCAAAGCCCUGCGUUUAUCCGAGCAGCCCCUCGGGGGACCCGUCCCGUUUGUCGGAGCUGCACGAACUGAUUUUUCGGAUCAGGCUGUCCGCAGUCUAUCAGUCACUGGAGCUGCAGCAGCGAUACCACAGGAAUACACGGAGACUCUCCGACAGAGGCGAGACAAGGAGGCUGUCUCUUGAGGAUGGAGUUAGGAGGCUGAGACUGACCCUGCAGAACCAGAGCGAGACAGAGAGGAGCGGAGAGCAGACCAAGACAAAGCCAAUCAGGAGAGCCUUUGCCGUGGUGCCCUCCAAUGGGAUUUCUUCCUCUCAACCCACAGAGGAGGGGGUAGAGAUCAUCAAGGUGUACGUGGAGGCUCGCAGGAAGGAUCAGGCGGCGCACGAGAACAAUAUGAGAAUGCUGUCCGACGAGGUCACGCAGAUCCAGGAGGUGAGGUACUGUUUGAAGAAUCUCCGGCAGCAGAUGGCUGCAAGAACGAACGGGAGGGGAGAUGAGCUGAAGACCCUGACAGGCACGAACGGGCUGAGACCUCCCCCUACCCAGAGCCACGCGGUCGCCCACGGUAACCAGGGAGCCCCCCGCACUCAGGACCACUCUAACGGGCAGGCCGAGGGGAGCUCGGAGCCCGAGCAGGAGAGGAUGAGGGAGCUGACAAAGAAACUGUACAGCCAGUUCCACAGCAAGCUGCAGGAAACCGAGAGGAGACACAGUGAGGAGAAGAGACAGCUGGAGAGCAGGAGCAGUGCGUUUCAGAGGGAGCUGUCCCUGCAAGGCGAGGCGCUGCGCAGGGCGGAGGAGGGGCUGGGGGAGCGGGACGGCCGCAUCGAGGACCUCCAGAGGCUGCUGUCCGGGAUGGAGCGGGAGCACAGCGAGCUGCGGGAGAGGAUGAGCAAGAACGAGGGGCAGCUGCAGGAGAUCAGCCUCCUGAAACAGAGAGGAGAGGAGCACCAGAGCAGGUCUGUCCAGCUGGAGAAAGAAGUGUCCACUCUGAAGGAGAAGAUCCAUCACCUGGAUGACAUGCUGAAGAGCCAGCAGAGGAAAGUGCGGCACAUGAUCGAGCAGCUCCAGAACUCAAAGACUCUGAUCCGUGAUAAAGACGCCCUCAUCCACAAACUGCAGGAGAAAGUCUCCAUCCUGGAGGCAGAGAACCGGGAGAUGCAGCACAGACUGGAUUUCUUCACUGGGGCUCAGGACUCCUCCCCCUGCAGCACAGAGACCCUGCACAGCAAAAGACCCCCUUUAACUGCACCCAACAAGUCUGUCAUCAAAGUCCUUGGAAUGGCAUCCUGAAUUUCUGGGGAAACAGAAACAACUGCGAGGAUGGAAAGAAGACUCCUGUUGCAUAGCCGUCUCACCCACUCCAGGUUUUAUUAAAAGCUUGGUGAGCCCCAGCUUAUACGUAACAAGCUCAGGGGUGUGUGUGUUUCAUUGAACGCAUAGUAAAACCAGGAAUGGAUCAAUCUGCUUUGCAAUGGGAGUCGUGUUUCUGUCCCUCUGCUGCUGGCACUUUUGAAACGAGAGGAUUGGGAAAUGGAAGAGAAUGGGGAAUAUUCUC